GUGUGGACGCUGGUUUCGAGGUGAGUGCUGCAGCAACGCGUUCUGCCGCCGCUUGCCGUAGACGGGCGCCGGGCGCCGGGCGGGCGGUGUCGCCAUGGACCCGGUGAGUGCGCUGCUGGAAGAGGUGGCACUGGAGGGGCUGGACGGCAUCACCCUCUCCACCCUGUGGUUCCGCCUGGACAGCCGCAUCCCCACCUUCCCGCUGCAGCUCGACCCGGCCACCCGGCAGUUCCUGUGGGAGGCCCUGGUCAGCAACCCCGAGGUCGAGUUCUACGAGCUGCCCGAACGGAGGCCGCCGCUGGUGUUUUAUGACAGAUAUGAAGAAAUUGAUCCAGAGACAGGAAUUCAAGAGACCCGAAGGGAUCCCACCCCCCGAGAUGAUAUCUAUCCUGUUUGCAUCAUUUCUGAUAACAAGGAUGGAAUUCAAGGUUCCUGUCAGCAUUUUAACAAGCGAAAGAAUUUAACAGCACAAAUAAGGACUCAGCAGUAUGAACCAUGCUGUACGUUGGAUGAAGCCAUAGAAAGGUGGGGAGAAAAGCUGGUCAUGGUUGCCUCACAAAUGAUACGUCAUCGAACUCUAAUUGGGUGGGAAAGUGAUCCAGAGUUAAGUCUGCCUGACUAUUCCUACUGUAUAUUAGAGAGGUUGGGUAGAGCAAGGUGGCAGGGAGAACUGCAGAGGGAUCUUCACAGUGGAGCCUUCAAGAUUGAUGCCCGUAAAAUGCAUUAUCACAGAAGAGUUCUUGACAGAAACUGCCUGAUUACUCUACAGUCCCAUGUUAUUCGUCAGCCCAAUGGAAACCAGCAGUAUUCCAUUCUGCUACUGCUCAAACGCUUUCACGUUGAUAGGAGAAGCAAGUAUGACAUCUUAAUGGAAAAAAUCUCCAAUAUCCUUGUGAAUCGGCCCAAUCAGCUGGAAGUCAUGUUAACCCUUAGGGAUGAGCUGGGUCUUUGUGAGAGAACUUUCAAAAAACUUUAUCAGUAUAUGGUGACAGCUGGUAUAGCCAAAGUGAUUUCUGUUCCCCUUAAAGAGCUGCACCCUGAGGGAGGACCUUGUAUGACAAAAAAAGGAACUGAGAUUAUUGUUCGCUGCCUGAAGUUAAUAAAGCAAUAUGGGAAAAAAAUAGAUGAUGACGAUGACAUUGAUGAAGAGGAAAAUAAGGGAGUGGAAACAAUGGAUGUCGUGUAUGAACGAGACAUGCUUACUCAGGCUUAUGAACUAAUUGAGAGAAGAGGCACCAAAGGGAUUUCACAGACCGAGAUCAGAUUGGCACUGAAUGUUGGGAAACUUGAAGGCCGGAUGCUGUGUCGCCUCCUGGAAAGAUACAAAGUCAUUACGGGCUUCAUGGAAGACGAAGGUCGUCAGCGCACAACUAAAUAUGUAGCUAAGACAUUCGUGGAGCAGAGUGAGCUGAGCAAGCAAUUUGAAAAGGAGAAGGCUAGAAACGAGCGGCUGGCCACAACGAACCUCCUGCCGCUUGAUGCUGAUGCAUCGCAACUUGUUCCUCAGCAAGUGCUACCCUCCUCGAAGAACUUAACUGAAGAUGUGUGCAAAAGUGUGGCAAGCGGGUCAUCAGGGGGCUCGUCAAAGUCAAAUCAUGAUCAAAAGGUUUCUUCAGAGUUACCAGCAACCACCGUUCAAAGUAAACAAUCUUCUAAUUUGGAGAGCAAAGAAAAAGUAUGUGCAGGCUCGCACAAAAUGAACAAAGGAAAAAAAUUAUUUCAAAGUACAUUACUAAGGAAACUAAAAUUGAAAAAAGGCCUCAAAUCCAAAUUGGGCAAAGGUAAGAAAUUAUCUAGUUUACGAAAAGCAGCUGUUAGGAUUGGCCAUCCCCAGCAUACAGGCGAGAAUGCAGAAGUAUUAUCCAAACAAUCGCAACAAAUAGAUGUUCAGAUAAAUCCUGCCCAGCAGAGUCCAAGUCUUAACUCUUCUAUACAGUCUGAAAAUGAUCAAAGUGAUGAGGAUGUUUUAAUCGAAGAGGUAAAGAUUGAAAAAGCAAAGGAAAAGAGCCAUGGAAGGAAGAGGAAACCUUGCAAAAAUAUUUACCUAAAGAGACCUCACGAAACAUUUCGGUUGCUAAAACGACAAAACUUGAUAAUAGAAGCUGUACGGAAUUUGAAAUUGAUUGAAAGCCUGUUUACGCUUCAGAAGAUGAUCAUGGAAGAAGAGAAGCAAGACGGUGUGGUCACCAGAUGCUGCAAGAAAUCCAUAGUAAGAAUGGUUCAGAAGCUGGCUCAAGAGGGACUACUUCGGCUCUUCCGCACCACUGUUAUACAGGAUGGCAUCAGCAAAAAGGUGGAGUUUGUUGCUCAUCCUUCUGUGCUUCCCAAUGAUCCACUGGUAAAAAGCGCCAUUGAGCAAGUUCGAUUUAGGAUCUCCAGUUCUUACACUGUCCAUCGAAUGAAAUCAUUGCAAGUCCAGGCUCAGAAAGAAAAGCAAAAGCAGGCAAAGGAAAGUAGUUCAGUGAUUGCAUUGUGCGAGACAGAACCAGGCAGAAAUGGUGAAGUGCCCAGCAAAUGCUCCACAACCAAAACAGAUGAGAAAAUGGGUGUCACUCCCCUGAAGAAUUAUCAUCCUGUAAUAGUUCCUGGGCUGGGACGUUCACUUGGGUUCCUUCCCAAGAUGCCUCGUCUACGCCUUGUCCACAUGUUCCUGUGGUACCUCAUUUAUGGACACCCGCUCCAAGAAGCUCCAAAGGAUUCGGCCACAUCGAUAGCUUCUGUUGACGCACCAAAUAGUGCCAAGAGAGAGGUCUCGUCUUCGGAAGCCCCUGGAGAAGCUGUUGCAUCCAUGUCAAAUGACACCAUUGAUGCUGUCGUAGAAAAGAGCAAUCCAGCUGCUAAUGGAAAGCCAGAUGAGACGCCAACUACAACAGAAAUUGAUGAAGACCGCCACUGGGAGGAGGAACUAGACCAGUUAUGCAUGAAAGAGACUGUUUACGUGGAUGAGGCAUCGUGGAAGAGAAAUAUCCCUCCUACCCCUAUUCACAGAGAAUUUGGAUAUGGUUGGGCUCUCAUUAGUGACAUAUUGCUCUGUCUUCCCCUCUCUAUUUUUGUUCAGAUAGUACAAGUCAGCCACAAGGUUGAAAAUCUGGAAGACUUUAUAAAUGAUCCUAUCUUGAAGCACACUUUGAUCAGGAGUCUGCCACAGCCCAUGAGGCAGCAGCUUCUUUAUAAGCGGCGAUACAUAUUUUCCUUCUUUGAGAAUCUGCAACGUCUCUGUUACAUGGGAUUAUUGCAGUUCGGCCCAACUGAAAAAUUUCAAGAGAAAGAUCAGAUUUUCAUUUAUGUCAAAAAGAAUGCCAUGAUUGUUGACACUACCAGUUGUGAUCCACACUAUAAUUUGGCCAGAAGCAGCAGGCCAUUUGAUAAUCGCUGCUAUGCUCUCAAUAGUAUGCAAGAUGUAGAGAGCUUCUGGUUUGACCUUAUGUGUGUCUGUCUGAAUACACCACUAGGAGUUAUACGGGUUCCUCGCUUAAAUAAAAGUGGCCAGGCAGCACCUGAGGGAGCAGAAGACUCUGUGCUUCGCUCGGAGGUGGAUCAGGACACAACUGCUAAGAACACCAUGGAGAACAAAUGUUCCUUGCUGGAAUAUGCAACCGGUAGUCGGAAGUUGAUGGAAGAUGGGAAACUUCCGGGUGAUGGUCUUGGAGCAGCAGGCCUCGAUUCUAGUUUCUUUGGACAUUUGAAACGAAACUGGAUCUGGACCAGUUACAUUAUGAACAAUGCUAAAAAGAGCCUCAACGUCCCUGAGAGCAGCACAAUGCGAUUACAGAGUUUCCUUAACAAGCAUUCGCUUCCUCUUGGAGUUGCAGGAAAUAAGUUCAGUAUGUUGGGGAUGCUCAGGUCUGUACACGGACCUCUUGCCAAGGAUAAGGAAGAAAUCCGAAUUGAGAAAGAGAGCAACGUUGGGCGAAACAAGCGAGUAGCUGGUGGAAAAGGACAGAAACGAAAACGACCUGAAAAGGAGAGUGGGAAGAAAGCAAGAAAAAAGAAGAAGAAAGCUGCAGAGGAAGCACCACAACAGGGGAAGGCUAAGAGGUUUCGUUUCACAGAUGACGCAGAUAGGAGUGCACUGCGUCGUAUGACCAAACUCCGUGUAACCUGGACUGCACAAGAAGACAGUCUGCUGAUGCUUUGUCGAGUAGCCAGCCACGUCCUCAACAAAAAAGUGAAAGGACCUUUUGUCCCUUGGCAAACAGUCAGAGAUGUCAUGCAUGAUUAUUUUGAGGUAGCUUUGGAUAAAACCUCUCUUGCUGUGGGCCGUCGAUCUCGCUACAUCCUCAAGAAUCCCCAGACAAUGCUUAAUUACAGAAUUUGUCUUGCUGAAGUCUAUGAAGACCAUGCUUUAAUUGAUGAAAUCAUGAAUAAAAAGGAUAAUUACCAGGACAGCAAGGUUUGUGCAGAGGAGUUCAAAGAAUUUGUCAGAAAACUGAGAGAAAAAUUCAGCUCUACAAUAGGAUCUGGAAAUAUUGAGAUUCCUGAUACACUGCAGGAACUAUUUGUCAGAUUUAAAGUAUUGGUAGUUGGGGAAGAAGGAAAUGAAGACCAGAAGCAAGAUGACAUAAAAAGCACCGAUGAUAUCCAUUAUUUGGUCCUGCAAAAUUUCAUUCAGAGCACACUGGCUCUAUCGGAUACACAGAUGAAAUCAUGCCAGUCCUUUCAGACUUUUCACCUUUACAAACAAUACAAGGAUGAAAUACUAGUGAAGGUGUUCCUUGAGUUCCAACAGCGGAGCUUGGUAAACCGGCGUAGAGUCAGUAAAGUUUUGGGUCCAAAGAAGAGCAGAGCCUUGCCCUUUGCAUCAAUGUCAUAUCAGUUAUCGCAGACAUACUACAGGAACUUCGUCUGGCGUUUUCCAAGUAAUAUUUGUUCCGAAUCGCAUAAGUUUGUACAAAAACUGAAGAGUGCAGGUGUAGCAGAUCUCCCCAACGUCUUUUCAUUCCAGGACAAAGAUGCACCUGUUGAGACUGAUAUGGUCACUUACCCUCUGGAUGGAAAUGGUGGCUGUUGUGUAGCUACAAUCUCCUUGUUUAUUCUCGGUCUGCUCUCUUUCCAUGUCUCAAUCCCUGAGCAAAUUGUGGUUGUGGACAGUACACUGGUGGAUAAUGAAGUUAUAAAAAGAUUGGGGAAGGAAAGCAUAGAUGAUGAGGAGGAGGAUGAACUGGACGAUGUUGGAAAUAAGCCCAAAUUUGAAGUGAAGGCUCCUCAGGCCUCGCAUACUAAUUACUUGCUAAUGAGAGGGUACUACGCACCGGGCAUUGUGAGCACACGCAACCUUAAUCCAAACGAUAACAUCGUGGUAAACUCCUGUCGGGUGAGGUUAAAAAUCCGUUCAACGCCAGCUCAAGGGACCUUGAGCGUCGAUGGUGAUUCAGCCACUUUGUUUCAGACAGCGUCAGGAUCAGAUGCUCUCCCUCUGUCAUUCACAAAGGUGUUGAAGCCCAGCACUUAUGAGUAUGGAGGAGAGAAAGUUCAAAAGCACUUCGCAGAGGAGCUUGGGUACAGCCCCGAGGACCUGGUGGCCGUGCAGGAAAUCUCCAGUGCAGUUGAAGAGUGCUCCAUUUUUGGGAUAGAGACAAAAAAAUUAGCGCAAAGAUUUGUUCAGUAUGAGGAGGCACUGAAUGCAAGGACCAGGACUUUAAAGCAAUACUUGCAGGAUUUGAUUGCGUUGGACCAGAUAAUAGAAGUUGGCAGCUCGACAGUACGGUUAGUCGCAAUAACGCAUGCUCACCCCUGGAUGCUUCAUCCAUUUCGUGUUUGGAAAAGUAACGAGAAGCCUGUCUCUCUGGGUUCGCCUGAGGGGGGAUCCAAACGUAGGACUGAAAUAAGCUGUUCAGAAUCUGACACAAAAAACAUUGUGCCAAGUGAGCUCACUGAAGCGCAUCAGAAGGGUUUAAGGUCUGAUCUUAGUACUACCAUUACAAAGGAAGGUGUUGAGCAGCACAGUUCAGAGUCCACGGCUGCACAGAAUGAGCCUGUUUGUUCAAGUCAUGCACAUACAGUGACUGGAAGUAGAAAAAGAGCUAUUGAAGAAAUUGAAGCUGAAACAAUUGACCACGGGCAUCCUUGUAAAAGAUCUCAGGAAAGUGAACCUUGCUUGGAUUCCUCAGAUCAGAGAAAUCUAGACAGCGUGACAGAUGAAACAAGUACUGGCCUCUCCCAACAUCUGUCGCCGUCUGCCUCUUCACUCGGGAAUAAUCUUGUCAAAAACCCAGAUCUACAGAAUGAUUCAGGGAGGCCAGGUUGUGAACAAGAUCGGGACAGAGAUGAGGGUCGUGAGGGGUUUAACUCUUCACCUGAUGUUAAAGGUCUGAGCAUCUCUUCAGAAAUGACUGCUGAGAAGUAUAGUGGCCAGCCAGCUAACCGGUCUGUGCGAGAAGACGAAAGGUUUGCCCAAGCUAAGCCCACGUCGAGUGAAGGGCACACUGAAACAAUCCAUCCUGUGGAUGGGCAAGUUCUCAAAGGUGAAUCUGUGGUGAAUCCAGAGAAGUAUUUACAGCAUGACAUAAAUCCUCAGGUAAAGAGACAGGACGGAUCUGGAAUUCAGGAGGAAGGAGAUACAGUUAAGGAGGGUGUCAAGAUGGAAAGUAUCUUGCAAACCGAAUCAGACAAUGAAUACGAGCAGAUUAGCUUUUUCUGCCAUCCCUGGAGGAUUGUUGACGGGAGCCUGAAUAAACCCGUGUGUAAGGGAAUGAUAGAAGCUAUGCUGUACCAUAUUAUGACAAAACCUGGGAUCACAGAACAGAAACUAAUAAGCUACUACAGUGCUGUUCUACAGCCUGUUAUUGUGAUGGAGUUAUUACAGGGUCUGGAAACCAUUGGGUGCAUCCGAAAACGCUACUUAACCAAAACCAAGCCCGUGUCCUUGUUCUCUACUCCAACUACUGCUUCUGAGGUGCAGGAGCCCAAGUUGUCUGAGAGCUGCACUGUUUUUUAUGAGCCUACCAUAGACUGUGUAAUAAAACUCAGCAAAGUCUUUCCACAUGAAUCAAACUGGAACAAAUGGAUACAGUAAUAUCACCGUUUACCUUUGUCUUCACAUGAAGAAUAUUUCCACAAGUGCUGUGACUACUCCUGGGGACACACCUUGCAAUCUUGCAUGACCGUAACUAUUUAUAGAACAGUUUGAAGACCAAUUUAAAGGGAAAUAACCAAG